CAGAAUGGAGAGAAGCUGACGCACCGUUAUUUACCGGACCGUUAACUUUCCUCCUCAAGCCUCUCCUCAUGCCAUCACAGCCAACACGCUGCGCUAGACCAGGAAGGAAGAAGCGAAAACUAGUUUUGUAACAGUUUGAACACUGAAGAGCUGACAGUUGCUCAUUAUUGUUUUUUCUUCUUCUUGACCACUGAAGAGCUGACAGUUCCUCUUCUUUUUUUCUUUUUCUUUUUUACUUUUUCUGAGUUUUGGACACUUGAACCGCGUUAUUACGCACGAUGCGCAAAGGGAUGGCUCCUCUUUGGAGACAAAAAACCGGAUUACAAAAUGUUUUCUACGUCUAUCUCUCUCUUUCAGUGGCUUAUUCUUACAAUAUAGACUUAGAGCAUCCUUUGGUGUUCCGCGGACCAAAUUCUAGUUUUUUUGGCUAUUCUGUGCUGGAGCAUUAUCAUGACAACACACGCUGGGUAAUAGUGGGGGCUCCGAGGGCAAACUCGACCUACAGUAGCUCUGUGCACUCUCCUGGAGCUGUAUAUAAGUGUCGGGUUCACAGCAACCCAGAGCGCCGCUGCACAGAGAUGGAUCUGGGAAGAGGAAACAGGCCGAGAGAGUCGUGUGGGAAGACGUGCCAGGGUGACAGGGAUGAUGAGUGGAUGGGGGUCAGCCUGGCCCGCCAGGACAGAGCCGACGGCAAAAUACUGGCUUGUGCCCACCGCUGGAAAAACGUCUACUACGACUCAGAGCACAUCCUUCCUCAUGGAUACUGCUCCAUCAUCCCUCCCACCCUGCAGGGCAGGACCAAACCGCUCAUCCCUUGUUAUGAAGACUAUAAGCAGAAAUACGGGGAAGAGCACGGCUCAUGCCAAGCCGGGAUAGCGGGAGUUUUUAUGGAGGAGCUGGUGGUGAUGGGGGCGCCGGGGUCGUACUACUGGACUGGGACGAUCAAGGUGUACAACCUGACUUCUGACUCCUUCUACAGCCCAAACAAAGAAAACGUGGACUCCCACAGAUACAGCUACCUUGGCUAUGCUGUGACUGCUGGACACUUCUCCUCUCCUAAUGUAAUAGACGUAGCUGCGGGGGCGCCUCAGCACAGCGGCAGUGGAAAAGUUUACAUUUUCAAAAUCGACGGCGCGUCUUUGGUGAAGAGUUUUCAAGCCUCAGGGAAAAUGAUGGGCUCUUACUUUGGCUCCUCAUUGUGUGCAGUUGAUCUGAACCAGGACGGCCUGUCGGACCUGCUGGUUGGGGCACCCAUGCACAGCCAGCUCCGGGACGAGGGCCAGGUGACUGUGUACCUCAGCAAGGGCAAUGGGGUGAUGGAGGAAGAGGCCGUUUUGAGUGGUGACAAUGCCUUUAAUGCACACUUUGGAGAAUGCAUCGCCGCCAUUGGAGACAUAGAUGACGACGGAUAUCAAGAUGUAGCCAUAGGAGCACCUAAAGAGGAUGACUACGCAGGAGCUGUUUAUAUCUACCAUGGAGAUGCCACAGGAAUCAUCAGCAAAUACUCCAUGAAACUGUCUGGGCGCAGUGUAAACCCUGGUCUGCAGAUGUUUGGCCAGUCUAUCUCUGGCGAUGUGGACAUGGAUGGCAACGGAUACGCAGAUGUCACUAUUGGGGCUUUCAUGGCAGAUAGCGUGGUGCUGCUGAGAACCCGGCCUGUCAUUACGGUGGAUGUCUCCAUCUUCCUGCCCGUCUCCAUCAACAUCUCUGUGCCGCAGUGCCAUGAGGGCCACCAGAAUCUAAACUGCUUCAGCGUCACCGUCUGCAUGCGCUUCCGAGGAAGACAGCUGCCCGGACAGAUAGAGUUGCUGUAUAACUUGACAGCUGAUGUGGAUAAGCGGCAGAAGAGCCAGCCUUCGCGGGUCUACUUCACUCAGAGCGGCUCUCAGAUCAGCCAGAUGAGCCAGCAGCUCAGCCUGCACAUCAACAGGGAGGAGUGCCAGCGCUACACUGCCUACGUGAAGAAAGACGUGAAGGACGUGUUCACGGCCAUCACGUUCGAGGUGGCUUACGGCCUCGGGAAGCAUUUGGUGACAGGACACCAGGAGCGAGACCUGCCCGCGCUCACCCCAGUGCUACGAUGGAGGAAAGGAAACAAGAUCGCAGUGAGGAAUGAGACUUGGUUUGAGAAGAACUGCCUGUCGGACGACUGUGCUGCAGACCUGAGGCUCCAUGGGAAACUGCUGCUCUCAGGGCUGCAUAGCAAACCACAUUUGGCUCUUGGAGGAGUGAAGAAUGUGUCUUUGAACCUGACCAUCUCCAACGCUGGGGACGACGCUUAUGACACCAACAUCUACUUCAACUUCUCCAGAGAGGUUUUCUACAUCAACUUCUGGCAGAAGGAAGAGAAGGGCAUUUCCUGUGGACUUGUUGAUUUGGACUUCCUCAAAUGCAGCGUGGGAUUUCCCUUCAUGAGAGCACAGACUAAGUAUCAUUUUGCAGUUAUUUUUGACACAAGUCAGCUCUCUGGGGAAAAUGACACAUUGCAGUUCUUAGUUCAAGCAAAAAGCGCCAAUCCGGAACACAAACUCUCUGACAACAGUUUAGAUCUGUCCAUCCCUCUGGUUCACGAGACUGACACAACUAUAACUGGUGUGGUGACUCCGAGCUCCUUCGUGUAUGGAAACUCCAUUGAUGCCUCGCGUUUUGUCCAGUUGGAAGACAUGGAGUGCAGCUUUCAGCCUCUCAAUCUCACUUUCCAGGCCAUAAACAAGGGGCCCAGCAGGCUUCCUGGCUCCACUGUGAACAUCAGGAUACCCAACCGACUGGCUGGCAGCGGAGCUGACAUGUUCCACAUCAUUGAAACACAGGUGGCCGACGGCCGAGGGAACUGCACGCCUCACAGGAACCCGACACCGUGCACCAUCCCCCAGGACAGAGAGAGCAUCUUCUACUCCAUAUUUGCCUUCUUCACCAAAUCGGGACGCAAAGUCUUGGACUGUGACCGGCCUGGAAGAGCGUGUAUGACAAUCUCCUGCAGUCUGGGUCCACAAUUGAAAGAAGAGGCUUUGAGCAUAGAUAUAAAACUUCUACUCAAUACUGAAAUUCUUAAGAGGGAUAGUUCCUCUGUGAUCCAGUUUGUGACAAGAGGCAGCGUGCAAGUAACUGACAGGGCAGUGGAGGUACCAAAGGGCCUGCCGGAGGACAUUUCUCUGGUGUUCGAGGCUCUCCACAGUCAGGAGCCGAGGGGUUACGUAGUCGGCUGGAUCAUUGCCAUCAGUCUGCUGGUGGGAAUCCUCAUCUUUUUGCUGUUAGCUGUGCUACUCUGGAAGAUGGGAUUCUUCCGUCGGCGCUACAGAGAGAUCAUCGAGGCUGAAAAGAACAGGAAGGACAGUGAUGAAAGCUGGGACUGGAUGGAAAAGAACCACUGAGACUUGCAGUGGGGCUGGGGGGGUCCCAGAGGAGCCAAUGAGAUUAGGAAUUGGGUCGGGUAGGAUCCAAUAGCACGGGGUCUCACAGCCUAGCCGCCCAAGUGGCACCAGGCCCUUCGGUCUUCCAUAUGUGGAAGAGAAGAAUAUUCUCCAUAUUUUUUGGAGACUUGAUACUUUUUUGUGGGUGGGGGUCCAGGAAACAGGCUUCUGAGGUGACAGUGUGGCUUGCCAGAGGACACUUGCUGUUGAAUUCAGCUAAUCUCAAAGGAGGUAACUCCCAGCCAGCUGAGCGGAGCUGUUGAUGGAGACCCACAUCCGUACAGGGAUGUGGCGACGGCAUGAAUACUGGUGGACAACAAAACCCUCAGGGCUGUGUUACAUAGCAAAUUUAUUUUUAUACAUACACUUUAAGCCAUAUUGUGUAAAACUGGGCUUCGACACAAGUUGGGGUUUUGAAGGCCAUUAUAAACAUACUGUAUCUAAAGUAUGUUUUCCUAAAAGCACUGAUGUUUGAUAAGAAUGAAUGCCUUGGCUCCAUAGCUUUACUUUUAAUACCAAAGAUUUGUCCUGUAUAGUAUAUGAUUGGAGUCGUUUGUAUAUUCAGUUCUUCCUGGGAGUGAAAGAUUGUAUCUUUUCUUUACUAUUUCUGGCUUAUGGAUAUCUGUUUUACACAUCUGACUGCCCCUCCCUCCCACAGAUUAUCAACCAGAGCUUCUGUGUUUCAGACCCACACACACAAUGAUUAAAAGCUAUGUCCUCAUGUCUGCUGGUGUCUCAGAGGCAGAGGAGGCCCAGUAAAAAGCGCCCUCGGAGGUCAUUAGGACCAUAAAAGCCACCAUUUACAUUUCAAGCUUUGCGACUCUCUUUAAGCAUUCCAUUUGUUAUGGCUUUUAACUGAGUUGUUUGCAGGUCUUUUAAGUGAUUUUGUCAGAUUUGAAUUUCAACCUUUACUCUCUGCUGUGCUCUGAAUUGACCAAUGCCUCAAAAGUGCGAUGUGCAGAAGAGCAAAUUAUCUGAAGCCGGUUUUCCUAGAAACGAUUGCUCAGGUAUGCAGCUGACUUUUCACAUGGACCCCCACAAUUUUCCAGGCUCAAAUGAAGACAUCUUAGCUGAUAAUGCUGUAAAUUCUCACUGAAAUAUUGUAGGAAAUGGUUCACUCUAUAUCAUGACAUAAGAUCUGAUCAUGAUUUAUUUCCAAAACCUUUCCAGGCGUCACCUAAGUAGCCCAUAUUUAAUUUUACUAUUUUGUUAUUAGGCAUUGGGUUUUAGUGUGAAAUAUGAGACACAUUAUUCUCCACGGCCAGAUGAAAGUAGUCGAUGGGAGUCCACCUACAGUCAUUUACAGGGGCCCGUGGCAUGAGUAAUGCCCUAAAAAUAGGUGGGAAUGUGCUGCACUCAAUCACUGCACAUAAACGAGCUCUUUGGGGCUUCUGGGAAAAGCUUAUUUUAAGUCAACAUGGAGGAAUGUCAGCGCCCUGAAAAUCUGCCGCUUCACAGCUCCUCUGUACCCAAAUUUCUACUCUGUGAGUUCUUCUUAAAGCCGGGCUUCAUUGUGAAAGAAAUUUUGAAGAACACAUUGAAUUUUAUAUUAAAUGUGCCCAAAGAAGUAAGGAUAUAGCUAUUUUAUGCAUUUGAAGAGCUCAAAAUAACGAGAAAAUAUGUUUUGACGUCAGUUUAGAAGAAUGUAUCCGUGAUAAUUAUUUUUAAUUAUAUUUAAAAAGUAUGCAGUAUGUUAGGCUGAAAACCUGCAGUCUAAUGAAUUUUGGGUAAUUUUGCAGUAGACCAGAGGCAGAUCUUAAUGUGCAAUGCCAAAGAACACAAAACUAUAUUUUAAUGUUUCACAUUUUCUCUAAGACUUCAGUGCUAAGACACUUUAUGGCUCACUACGAUUGCUUGUGCUGUAGGAAUCUUUUCUUGAUCCGAUACACUUUAUUUUACCAUUUAAUUCCACUGGCAUGACGGCAUAUACUGUACACAUUCACAUCUUCCGUCUGCAUCGUUAAAAUGAUGCACGCAGAGAAACCGACACUUGACAUUUUGGUAAAUUUUAACUGUGAUGGUUACAUUGUAUUUGUAUGUUUGUUGUCACCGUUAAUCACGCCGAUAUUUGGGGUUUUUGUUCUGAGUAUACUACUGUCACUGAAUAUCAUUUCCAUUAUAGUGUGCUGUAUGUUUGAUGUUUAAAGAUGUCUGAGCUGUAUAUUUAUCUGUUGAUAAAUUGAGUGACAUUU